AUGGGCCCCUGGUCCGCUGGGCGACCAGGAGCUUGUGCAGGGCCGGUGGCGCGGUGGCGGCGCGGGGGCGGCGUCGCUGAUUCGGGCGGACGGCGGGAGGAGUGCGGGUGGCGCGGCGGUGGCUGCCGGGCUGUUCACCGGCGGCGCGGGCUCCAAACGGCGGCGCCCGUGGAACAUUAUAAGAGACGAGAUGAUGAUGAGAAGAGAAAUAAAGCUAGGAAGCACAAAUUCAACAUAAUAGAGAAGAAAGGAUUAUGUUCUAUAGAGGAACAUACAUCUGAAGAUGAAAUUGUUGUUGACUCAAAUGAAGAAUCCUUGUUUUUAGUCGUAGAAGAAAAGAAGAAUGCAUCAGAGAAACCAGAAGAGGAGAAGGCAAUCAAGACUGUAUUGCAUGCUAAGAUAGAACCAAAUACAUGGAUUAUUGACUCUGGAUGCUCAAACCAUAUGACUAGUGAUAAAGAUUGGUUUAUUAAUCUUAAAAUAUAUGAUGGUGGUUAG